CAGCAGGCGCUCCGCGCCGCGCUGCGGGAGACGCUCGACGCCAAGGGCGUUCUGCGGGAGCUGCGGGCGCGGAUCCAGGCGGAGGUGUUCUCGGCGGUGCGUGACACGAGCGACCCGCGUCCACGGCUCAGCCAGGAGAAGCUACUGCUCAACGAGGCGAUCCGAGAGUACCUCGAGUUUUCAGGGUACAACCACACGCUGUCGGUCUUCCUCGCCGAGGCGGGCCAGCCGGAGGAGAAGCUGGCGCGCCAGGUGGUCGCCGGCCAGCUCCGCCUG